CGGCGUGGCUCAUUGCUGGAGUUGCUACUGAUGAUAGAUAGCACUCUGCCGCAGCGCUGCACACCGGAGAUCUGACCCCCUCUCUCCCCCCCUCUCUCCCCCCCUCCCGUCCACACCGCUGGGAGCCUCCACAAAUACCUCCGUUACAAAGUGCCAGCGCUGUGCAGCUCAGAGCCAAAGCUACAAACCUCUCUCUCUAUCUAUCCAUAUCUCUCUCCCCCUCUAUCCAGCACAGAGUUGGUGCGCUGCUCUGUGAUAUAGUCACACAGCCACACUGCACCAAAUAAUCCACUCUGGGAUUCCUCAGCGCUGCCCUGCGUAUUUCAAGAGAGAGAGAGAGGGAGACGCGAGAGAAGAAGGAUUAAAAAAAACCCUCUCUCUACACACGCUCGACAUUCAGCCACAUCUCGACUCACGGCGCUGGGAAUUAGAGCGACUGGCCUGAGCGGCGAGCUCUGAACCGUUCCGCGUUUCCCUGCCUUUGACCAGAGCUUCCAGCUCAUCCAGCGCUGCGGACAACACGCCGGCCGGCCACGACUCGGGCGAUGGAAACACUGAGGAAGCUUCACUUCACGCCGGCACUGCAUGUAAUCGCCUUCAUACUCAAUCUCUUUCCGGGCGUCGGCGGGGAACAGGAGACUGAGAAUCUCUCGGGUCUUUCCAAUGACCCCAAUAAAGAUAUUUUCGUGGUCCGGGAAAACGGCACGACGUGCCUGAUGGCCGAAUUUGCAGCGAAAUUCAUUGUGUCCUACGACGCGCGGGCCAGCAACUACGUGGAUCUCAUUACUGAACAAGCUGACAUCUCCAUCCCUCGGAGCGCCGCUGUUAAAGGAAGAUGCGGGCGAAACGAAUCCGAAUUGCAUAUUUCAUGGGCUGACAACGCGUACAGUUUUAAACUCAACUUUGUACAGGAAACGCGCAAUAGAAACGCACAUCAAGAACACUUCUGGAAAGUCAAUGAGGUUCAGUUCGUUUAUGAUAUCUCGGAAUCCGGCCCCUUCAAAGACUCGGCGAACCCUGGGAGACACACGGCCACCUCUCGUCACCUCCAUCUCUUCCACACCCCGCUUGGGAAAUCGUACAAGUGCGAGGCCCAGGAAACCAUCUCCGUCAUCUCCAGCGACCACCAGAAAGUAGUGGCCAUCCUUCUAUCUCAAAUACACAUGCAACCCUUCGGCUUCAAGCGCGACUUCAUAUUCAGUGAAGCCUCCACUUGCGUGGUUGACCAACAGGAGGAGCUGGAGGAGAUCCUGCCGCUGAUUCUGGGGCUGACUCUGGGACUGCUCAUCGUGGUGAUCCUCGCCGUCUAUCACAUCCACCAUAAACUCACGGCUGCCACCCAGGCCCAGAUACCCAGGGACAGAUCCGAGUACAAGCACAUGUAGCGCGGUCCCUGCCAGCGCAGUGAGUCGCUGCAAUGUAACGUAAACCAACAAAGAAGCACGUCAGGGGAUAAUAUAUAUAUUUUUUGUUUUGUUUUGUUGAAAUUUGGCGGAACACAUAAUUAAACGCCCCGGGGGCUGUUGCUGUACAUAUCUAGGCGCUUGUUUAGUGAUUAGCACCGCACCAUAACUGGUGACAAACCAAAAAAUAAAAACUCAGCAAUCUCGUCACAGCUCGCAACGAUAACAGAAUGUGAACGAAACCAUUAAACUGCGACAUUAGUAACCUAAUCCUAGUAGCGUUUGGUGAUUAGCGUGGCGUCUUACCUUUGCUCCAGUUAUAUAGAGACUGGCGCAUUUUGCAAGAUGGGAUCUGACUUACCCCUGUCUCACGGUACGAGUUCAUUCCAAGAGUUCUCCCGAGUUUGUCCUGAUUCGAACUGGGAGAUUUACGGUAAUGGCCGCUCGUCAGUACUCGGGGCUCUCGUGGACAUUUUUCAACAUGUUGAAAAAUCUUCACGAGUCUUCCCGAGCUUACCUGCCAUUAGCGAGUCUUACCGAGUACCUGCCGCUAGCGUUACGAGCCGCUAAGAGACGUCCCCGAGCUCUGACGUACCCGCUACGUUCAUUCUCCGUGCUUACCACGAGUUUGAUUUUUUUUAAACUCGGGAGAGCUCUUGGAAUGAACUCGUACCGUGGGACAGGAAAGAUCAUUUACACACCACCUGCUAAAUCACGACCCCCUAAUGUCACCUAUUCCCUUUCUCCAGAGAUGCUGCCUGUCCCGCUGAGUUACUCCAGUAUUUUGCGUCCAUCUGCUAAAUGGAAGAUAGACACAAAAUGCUG